CUCCGCCCAGCCGCGCCCCCGCCCCACCGCGCUCCACUAUCAGCACCGCGGACAGCGCCAUCCGCCUGCGUCAGUCAGGGCCGGCGCCUCAGUGUCUCCUGGGGAGGGUCUUGUCCAGCUGCUUGGGCAGGGCGCUCGGGUGCCUCCGCAGAAACGAUCAUAGGACCCUGCUGCCAUGAUUCCCGAGCCCCCAACCCCGGGGCCUCCAGCGCCUGACACGCCUCCGGAUUCGAGUCGCAUCGGCCACGGCCUUGUGCCCCCCUGGGCCCUGGCCACAAUCGUGCUGGUGUCAGGCUUCCUCGUCUUCAGCUGCUGUUUUUGUCUGUACCGGAAGCGUUGUCGAAGGCGGAUGGGCAAGAAGAGCCAGGCCCAAGCCCAGGUCCACCUUCAGGAAGUAAAGGAACUGGGCCGGAGUUACAUAGACAAGGUGCAACCGGAGGUGGAAGAGCUGGAGCCGACCCUCUCCGGGCAAGGGCAGCAGGUGGGGCAAGGGCAGCAGGUGGCAGACAAGCAUGAGCUCGGACGAUUGCAGUACUCACUGGAUUAUGAUUUCCAGAGUGGCCAGCUGCUGGUAGGCAUCCUGCAAGCCGAGGGGUUGGCAGCCUUGGAUCUGGGCGGCUCUUCCGACCCCUAUGUGCGGGUUUACCUGCUGCCAGACAAGCGGAGGCGGCAUGAGACCAAGGUGCAUCGGCAGACACUGAACCCACACUUUGGGGAGACCUUUGCCUUCAAGGUCCCCUACGUGGAGCUGGGAGGCAGGGUGCUGGUCAUGGCGGUGUACGACUUUGACCGCUUCUCCCGCAACGAUGCCAUUGGGGAGGUGCGAGUCCCCAUGAGCUCCGUGGACUUGGGGAGGCCAGUGCUGGCCUGGCGGGAGCUGCACACGGCUCCGAGGGAGGAGCAGGAGAAACUAGGGGACAUCUGCUUCUCCCUCCGUUAUGUCCCCACUGCCGGAAAGCUCACCGUCAUCGUCCUGGAGGCUAAAAACCUGAAGAAGAUGGAUGUCGGAGGGCUGUCAGAUCCGUAUGUCAAGGUUCACCUGCUGCAGGGCGGCAAAAAGGUGCGGAAAAAGAAAACGACCAUCAAGAAGAACACGCUGAACCCCUAUUACAACGAGGCCUUCAGCUUCGAGGUGCCCUGUGACCAGGUCCAGAAGGUCCAGGUGGAGCUGACCGUGCUGGACUAUGACAAGCUGGGCCAGAACGAGGCCAUCGGGAGGGUGGCUGUCGGAGCAGCGGUCGGCGGAGCUGGCCUGCGGCACUGGGCAGACAUGCUGGCCAACCCUCGGCGGCCCAUUGCCCAGUGGCACUCACUGCGACCCCCUGACCGAGUGAGGCCACAGCCUGCUCCCUGACCCCACCUUAAAGCCCCUGAUCCCAGAUUCCUGGCCAAAGCCAUGCCUAGGCCCACCCUUAAGCCUUCUCUGAGUACUAACCCUCCCACCCUCACCCCUCCACCCCAACCAUCUGACCCAUUCCUGCCUUCUCACCCCUCCUUGGUAUGCCAAUCAUGACCCUAAGACCACAAUAGAUUGCCAAUUCCUCCAACACACACACCCAGAAGCCCCCAGGGACUCCUGGGGGAGGGGAACAGCUUGGCCUUCCCCCACCCCACCCAGGGUCUCUCCCUCUGCUUUGACAAUCAGUGAUCCAAUCUUACUGUCCCCUUCACCCCACACAGGAUCAUCCAUCCUGUCCCCAGUCUCAUUCCUGUC